AUUGCAGUUUUUUGUUGUUUCAUUAAUUUCGUUACGAUGUUCUAUAAAGUUACAAAGUAAUUUCAAUUCAAUCUUUACCGAGUAUUUAACAUUUUGAUAGCGAUCAGACAACGUGACAAUUCGAGCUCCCUUCCGUUUUGAUUACGUUAAGGGUAACCUACUCAACAACUUUGUUGCGACAUUCCGUUCCGGCUUAAAGUGAAUAUACCUGCAGAUCAAUGUCACAAGAGGAUAUUUUUCGUAAAGUUCGCGAAGAAAUAAAAAUAUCCACUUCUAAUAUGUUAGCGAAUACGAAGCCAUCGUCGGAUCCACUUACGGACGAUACCCCGAACGAUAGAGCAUCCCCGUCCGUUUCGAACGCUUACGAGCCAGCCGGUGGUUUCGAGUUUGUUUCCCUAGAUUCCUCUAAUAGGCCAGAAGCAAGUCAGGAAACCAGAAAAGCUCGUAAUCAUUAUAACUCUCAGACACUGAAAAAGGAAAUAAGCAAAAAACUGGAAAAUAUCAAACACCAGUUGAACGUCCGUAAAGAACAAUGUCGUAAAUUAGAUAUAGAAAAUAAAGGAAUUCUUACGUUACCAAUGGCCAAAUCGGAUGGUAACACAGGAGAAAAGUCCGGUGCGAAAGGUAGUAAUAAAAACGGUGCUCAGCCCGCCCGGAGCGUUGAAGAGCCGAAUCAUGCGAAAUCGUCAUCGAAGAGUAGUAGCAGUGACCUAUCGGAGAAAAUUCCUGCGGUACUGGACAAAAUAGCGGAGAUUAAGCUUAAAAUGUCUUCCCAGGCUGGACCAAGCAAUAUAGGCAACGCCGUGAAUACAAACGGUAGCACGUCAAAUCUUUCAACUGUUUCAACUGGUUCGAACCGUAAAAAGCAAAAAAAGAACAAAAACGCUGCUGGCAAGACAUCAAGUGAGUCCACAAACGCGACAGCAACCUCGAAGAAAGUGGUUACAGAACACGAUUCGCUGCUCCUCACGUUACUGGCGCUUAAGCCUAAAACUCGUGAUAAAUAUUUGCAGAAGCUUGGGAAAGCACGCGGGUUGCUGCUUCCGGACAAACCCGGAUGUAUCGAUCCAACGUUUGCAUCACAUGCUGAUGAUCUUAAAUCGAACGCGAUAAACUACUGCUUCGGACCACAGUCCAAAGCGAUCGAAAAGGAGGAUAUACGUAGACCCUUUCUGGAGGUUGUGGAUUCGGAAAAAAUUCAAAGUACGAGAAAGGUAGUUGAGCGUCGCACAUUCGAGGACGAGGUGUCGUAUCUUUUAAACAACGGUAAGAUUACGGACGUUAAGGAUUACAAAAAAGAGUUAACAUUGCAAAACGUUUGCAAAGCUGAAACCAAUGGUUUCCUUGAUGAGAAAAACCGUGCGGCGCUAGACGAGCUGGUAGAACGUCUCGUUUCCGAAGAUGUCGGUUACAUAGUCGAGGGAGUGCUGCGGGUUAAUAUGAACAAUAACGCGCAAGCCUUUGUUGAUGAUCAUACCCGCGAAGCGGACGUUUUUAUCCAUUCGAUUUUGCUGAGAAAAUGUGCCAUGGAUGGAGACUUUGUAAAAGUUUUCGUUCGACAUGGCGAAGUAUCAGCGAAACUGGAUGCGUCACCAAAGGGAUCCGGUUCUCCCAACAACGACGCCGAGGGUAUUAAUGGGGACGAUAUACAAUUACCGGAAUUUGUCGAACAGGAAAGACCCAAGAAUAAUUGGGGAUUCGUUGUGGAUAUUUUGGAAAAACGUCACAGUCGUUUGUGUGUUGGUACUUUUCUGCCGUUUGCACCUAAUGGGGGUCAGUUCGUCAAGUUCAUGCCCAGGGAUCAUCGUAUUCCCAUGAUGCGAAUUUACAAGCAAAAUUGGCCGGAAGCGUUGUUCAAAAAUCAGUUUAGUGAAAUUGAAUCAGUCAUUUAUCAGGCGGAAAUCAUUAACUGGAAAAACGAUGUUCCAAUUGGAAACGUGCUGAAAUCGAUCGGAAAGUGCGGCGAUCUCGAUGUCGAGACUUGUGCAAUUCUGGUAGAGUAUGAUUUAGAUGUGACACCAUAUUCGGAGGAAAUCAUCAAAAGUUUGCCCACGGCACCAUUUCAAAUUCCUGCUGAGGAAAUUGAACGGCGAACCGAUCUACGCGAAGAGUGCGUAUUUACCAUUGAUCCGCUAACUGCUAGAGAUUUGGACGAUGCACUCAGCUGCAAGGUCCUUAAGAACGGCAACUUCGAAAUAGGAGUUCACAUUUCCGAUGUGUCGUAUUUCCUGAAAGAAGGUUCUGAACUGGAUGAGUUAGUUAAACUUAGAGCCACCUCGAUUUAUAUGGUAGACAACGUAUACCACAUGCUGCCAAAACCUUUGUGUUUCCUGUGCUCUUUGCUGCCAGGGGAAGACAAAAUGGCAUUUUCCGUUUUCUGGGAGAUUACACCGAAAGCGAAAAUCGUUAAAACCAGGUUUGCUAAAACCAUCAUCAACUCCUGUGCUCAGCUUGCUUACGAACAUGCACAAAUUAUGCUGGAAAACCCCAAUGAAGAUUUGAAAUUGGAAGAUUUUCCUAAAAUUUUGCACGAUUACACGCCCAAUUUUCUCAGCCGAAUAGUUAAUCAACUGCAAUCAAUUGCGCUUCAGCUUAGAGCAAAUAGAAUGGAAAAUGGUUGCUUGAAAAUAAAUCAGCCAAAGCUGACCUUUACGCUAGAUCCGAAAAGUGGCAAACCGACAGCUUUCGCCACAUACCAGCUGCGUUCAGCCAACCAGAUGAUUGAAGAUUUCAUGCUUCUCGCCAACUCUUCAGUAGCCGAGUUCUGUCGUUCAAAAUUUUCCGACCGAUCUAUACUUCGCAAUCACGUCAGUCCGUCGGCAAUUCAGAUGAAUAACCUGGCCAAAAUGUUAGCUCGACACGGCUACACCAUGGAAGUAGAUUCGUCGAAAUCUGUAGCACAAUCAAUCGAGUCUAUUAUCGCAGCUUGCCCACAACCGGAUGCGGCUCGAACUGCGCUAAAUGUGAUGAUCGCCAAACCAAUGACUCGUGCUCAAUACUUCUGCUCGGGAUUCGCUUCUACCGACGAAGAAUUCUAUCACUAUGCCCUAGCCAUUCCUAUUUAUACCCAUUUCACCAGUCCAAUUCGACGGUACGCCGACUGUAUGGUACAUCGUGUACUUGCAGCUGCCUUAGAACUACAGAAACCACCCACCCGGACAUCAGAGGAGCUCAGCAAACUGACUGGGGUUUGCAACGUCAAAAAGUAUAACGCCAAACUAGCUGGUGAUGCGAGCUGUUUGCUAUAUUUCAAGCACUAUAUGCGUACCGUUAAAACCUUGAAUAUGGAGGCGGCUGUUUUGGACAUUGCCCAGCAUCACAUGGAUCUGGUGCUAAUUACGACGGGACACAUGCUACGUACAAACUAUAAGCGAAUAGCGAAAGGUACCGAAAUCGAGGUUAUCGAGAAGUCUAAAAACGUGCGAAACUGUAUCCUGAAGAACAAAAACAUGCCACCGGUCACCAUUCAACUGUUCUCAAAGGUGCUCGUCAAGGUAGAACUGGUCAAGGAUGCCAUUACAAUCACAAGUGUUCUGCCAGCGACGGACCUUUCGGUGACUCCAACGCCUGAUGAGACGAAGGACACAAAUUCAUCCGCUCCUUGUACCAACCCAGAUCCACCGUCGAACGAUCAGUAGUGUGCGUUUCAAUUUUUAGUCUUGCAACUAUAAUUUUACAAAAGUAAAGAGCAGUCAUUACAUCAAAAAAAUCACCAACGCAAAAUUGUUUAAAAAUUGAAUGUGUUUCAUAGUUUUGUAAUAUUACAUUAACAGUUUUGUAUUUUGAAAUA